AUGAUUCGUAAAGUAGAGCGCGCAGAGUCCCGGAGGAAAGAUGCCUUUAUCCUGAGUGGAGUCAUUGAAUGGCAGUUUGUUGACAACGGAGAGAGGAAACCUUUCGACCUCAUGACCAACCUGACGCUGGAGGAAGCGUUCCUCCAGAAGAAAGUGACAAAGAUAAUGAUAAACCAGCAGCAGUUCACCGCAGACCCUCAGAGGAUGAGAGCAGACCGUGAGAGGGGACCAAAGACUGUGGAGCUGGUCAGGAGAGAGUGCAAUGACAAUAACACAUCGCUGCCGGCAGAGUGGAGUGACAUGAAGAGUGACGAGCUGGUGACACUGGUCCCACUUCAAAAAGACUCAAAGGAGUUCACUAAAGUGGUGACAGAAGUGACGCAGCACGGACUCCACCUCAACAUCCUCUCUAUUGAGCGAGUGCAGAACGUGACUCUGUGGAAGAGUUAUCAGAUAAAGAAGAAGGAGAUGGACACAAAGAAUAAAAGCCAAAACAACGAGAAGGUGCUUUUCCACGGAACCAGAUCCAACUCCAUCGACCUCAUCAACAAACACGGCUUCAACCGCAGCUACGCAGGAACUCACGCUGCCGUGUACGGUAAUGGGGCGUACUUUGCUGUGGACCCUGCAUACUCUGCUCAAGGCUACUCUAAGCCAGACCCCACCACCGGUCACAAGCGCCUGUACGUGGCUCUGGUCCUGGUGGGAGAGUACACGAUUGGAAAGGCGGGGAUGCUCACUCCUCCGGCCAAAAGCAAUCCCAGCGACCUCUACGACAGUGUCACCAACCAAAUGCCAAACCCGUCCAUGUAUAUCGUCUUCAACGACAUGCAAGCCUACCCACAGUACCUCAUCACGUUCACUUAA